GGUUUAAGGACACGGAUAUUUAGAAAACAUGAGGAGCUUCGCUGUUUUCGUUCGGAGUUCUUAAUACAUUCUUAAGAGGAAAAAUGUAUUUUGUGAAUAUUCAAGACAAAACAAGUUGCUGUGAAGAACGCGAUUCAAGAGACGAAUAUCAAAAUACUUGACGACUGUUGCUGCCCGAUUAAGAUGGAAACUGUCACGAGUUCAGCGAGGAGUAGAGAAAGGACCGCGAUGCAGCGGUUCGGGGACGGCGGGAUGAUGCUCUUGCCGUGGACAAAACAGAUACUGGGAGUGUUGUGGGAACACUUACGCCUGUUGGUUCAGUUAAUCUGUUACAGUUUGAUGACGGUCUUUCAAAUGUUCAGAUUUGAAGUUCAUCUGAGAAUUACGGACGACAACGGAGAACACAUUCAGCACAUGACGACAGGAUCCGGAGACACCACCGACAGUUUUCUCUCAUUAUUUGAUAACAAAAACGUCAUGGUAGCGGGCCAAAAUCCACUUUCAAAUCCUUUUGAUCUAAACUCUCAUUCUAGGUCCGUUCUGUCAAGUCUGGUUAAUGACGAACUUUGUUGCUCUUUGGUGGACGAUUUUGUGUCCCGUGCAACAGAGUGUCUCUCAGAAAACGACGAUCUUUAUAUAGGAGAGCACUGUAGCUGGAACCACGGCUUCGACUGGAAUUUGCUUACAGGUUCGGAACGCAGGUAUACAGAGGACAUGUGCCCCGUUCCUUUUUCUGCAUGUGUGUCGAGCCUUUAUCAGAAAGACAUUGAAAAGCAUGAUGAUUCUUGUACAGAACUUUACUGUAAUUUCUCCAGUUCACCUAUAGAGGACAGGCGGCAGGAAUUGGGAGGACAGAGUUCAGACAGUGAGAUAAGCUGGGGUGGCUCAGACAGCUCCUGUGUAGAAGGAGACAAAGAGGAAAGUGACAGACUUUGGGACCUUCUUACUAGAUCUACUGAUCCAUACCACCCACUGCACUUUACAGCAUGUAUAUCCAGUGGAAUUGCUGGCCAACAGAGAGGCUUCAGAGCAUCUCAAAAAAGUCCUGUGUACACAACAUCGCAAACCAGUGUGUCUUCAUGCUCAGAUGCAGGUGAACAAGGAAAUACUGGGGCCUUCUCCUCAGAAGAUGAAGAGGAGGCACUGUGGAAGUCACUGUCUCUGGAUGAUGACCCAUACCACCCGCUGAAUUUCAGAGCUCCUCUCCACAGUCUAGCAGUUAAUGGCACACAUGGUCACGCUGACGAGCCUGACUGCCAUAAGCAGUCUAAAAUAACCAGAGACUCAACAGUUGCCAGAGGCACAAAGCCCCCUCUGCUGUCAAGGGUAGUUGUCAGUCACCAGUGUCCUCAGUUGUCUGCGGAGAAGCCCUCAAAAGUGCCCUGGAAAAGGCCUAUAAACAAGAUAGAUGAGGCCAACUCAAAAAAGGAAACUGCUUCUGUGAAAAAGGUAAGAUUCUCUCCAGUUGUGCAGGUUCACAAGAUGUGGGCCUGGUCCUAUGCCCUUCAAGCAUCUCGUAAGGGGCCAUGGGAGGAGUAUGCUCGGGACAGGGACCGCUUCCAAAGGAGAAUUAUGGAAGCUGAGCAGGCCAUUGGAUACUGUUUCAAUCUGUCACAUAGGAAAAAUGUCUCAGCCUAUCAGCAAAGAACAUUAAACAAUAACCAUUCCUCAAUCUCCUAAUUUUCUGGAAGAAUUGUUCUGACAAUACUUUUACACUGAAAUACUCUAAAUACUUUGACAGAAAUACUGGAAUGUGUAAUUUUCUAGUCUGUACUUUUCCACCAUCUUAACAGCCAUACGUCAGUACUGUGUUCCAAACACAUUUUUUUCAACCUCGUAUGUCCUUUGAAUAUUUUCUUUACAGUGCCUUAUUGAUCAGCAAUGAUGAUGACAAUGUGACAGCUGUUUAAUCAUAACUGUUAAUUGAACAUAUAGUAGAGAGGUUUUUUGUUGUUGUUUCUUUAAUAUUUGCAAUACAGAAUACUUUUUUUGUUUGUUUGUUUGUUUUUGAUGGACUUGCAAAGGAAGGCAAUUGGUGUUGGGGU